AUGGGGCAGAGCUGCUGCCUCUUCCUCUGUUUCCUGCUGUGUGGAGGCCUAGAGCUGGGCCGUCCCCAGCUUCUGCGGCCCUUGCCAGGCGGAGCUCCGACCCCAGCGAGGUCCACGUCACCCGUGGAGGUGGAGUGUCUGGAGGCUGAGCUGGUGGUCACUGUCAGUAGAGACCUUUUCGGCACCGGGAAGCUCGUGCAGCCGGAGGACCUCACCCUUGGCUCAGAAAGCUGUCGGCCCCUGGUUUCCGUGGAUACCGAUGUGGUCAGGUUCAAGGCCCAGUUGCAUGAAUGCAGCAGCAGGGUGCAGGUGACAGACGAUGCCCUGGUGUACAGCACCUUCCUGUUCCAUGACCCCCGCCCUGUGCGUGGCCUGUCCAUCCUGAGGACUAACCGUGUGGAGGUCCCCAUUGACUGCCGCUACCCCAGGCAGGGCAAUGUGAGCAGCCACGCUAUCCUGCCCACCUGGGUUCCCUUCAGCACCACUGUGUCCUCAGAGGAGAAGCUGGUUUUCUCUCUCCGCCUGAUGGAGGAGAACUGGAAUGCAGAGAAACCAUCCCCCACCUUCCACCUGGGAGAGGUAGCCCACCUCCAGGCGGAAGUCCAGACGGGAAGCCACCCACCAUUGCAGCUGUUUGUGGACCACUGUGUGGCCACACCUUCGCCAGGCCAGACUGCCUCUCCCUAUCACGUCAUCGUGGACUACCAUGGUUGCCUCGUGGAUGGUGUUUCUGAGAGCCUUUCUGCAUUUCAAGCCCCUAGACCCCGGCCGGAGACCCUCCAGUUCACAGUGGACGUAUUCCAUUUUGCCAACAGCUCCAGAAAUAUGAUCUAUAUCACCUGUCAUCUCAAAGUGACUCCAGCCAACCAGACCCCAGAUGAGCUCAACAAAGCCUGUUCCUACAACAGGACUUCCAAUAUCUGGCUGCCAGUAGAGGGCGACGCUGCCAUCUGUGACUGCUGCAUUAAGGGUGACUGUAGUCCCAGCGAUUCAAGGAACCAGGCCCAUGGAGAGAAGCAGUGGCCCCGGUCAGCUUCUAGAAACCGCAGGCACGUGACGGAUGAAGCUGAUGUCACUGUAGGACCCCUGAUUUUCCUGGGAAAGGCAAGCGACCAGGCUGUGGAGGGCUGGACCUCUUCUGCUCAAACCUCUGUGGCUCUUGGCUUAGGCCUAGCCGCAGUGGCAUCCCUGACCCUGGCUGCUCUUGUCCUUACCAUCACCAGGAAGUGUCACACCGCUUCCCAUCUUGUCUCCCUUUCAUAA